CUAUAAUGUUUCGCAAAUUGAAUUCCGCCAACACACAUUAGACCCUUAAGUUCAUGCGUCACGCAUCAAGGUUACGGGAUGACUCCACUAAAAUCAGUCGCCCGAGGAUGCUUUUUAAGUCAACGCGCUUACAUCGAGUUCGCCCUCUUUCCACCCUGCUCAUCGAGUAAAUCCUACCAAUCACUUUACGAAAUCGUCGCGAUAUAACCUACGUUUGCCAUGUCUCACCUCAAAUUCUACGCCUACGAGGGCCAUGGUGUCCGACAGGUAGAGAAAUUCUCCUACAGCCAAGCCGUACGUGUGGGCGACAGAAUUGAAUGCUCCGGUCAAGGUGGAUGGGACCCUAUAACUGGCGAGUUCGAGAAAGAAAUCAACGCUCAGAUUGAUCUGGCUUUCGAAAACGUCGAGCGAACUUUGAAGGAUGCGGGUGGCAAGGGGUGGUCACAAGUAUAUCGGGUAAACUCGUAUCACGUCCCUAUUAAUAACGAGGCUUUGGCUUCAAUGGUACGCAACUUUAGAAAGCACAUGCCUGAUCACCAGCCCCUGUGGACCUGUGUUGGUGUUCCUCGCCUCGGUGAAGACGAUAUGAGGGUAGAGAUCGAAGUGGUCGCGCAUGACCCUGAAGGUGCCAAGGUGGCUUAGGGGAAAGAAGUGAAGGUUAUAAUACAUGUGUGAAUUCAUGUUUACUUGCGAGGACGAAGUAUUACUAGGCAUCACGUAGUGUGCCCAUGACAUGGUUUGAUGCAUACAGAUAUUUAGGAAAUGGAAGCUGCUUGGUGC